CAUACGUACCGAUGGAUGUUUCAUUUUCUCGUUUGCGUGUUUUCAGCCGACGGGACGAGGUUGAGGCACUCGAGGCAUUUGGACGCGAGAUCGCAGUUCUCCAACGACGAAGAAUUUUCGAUGCAACUGGAUGAAAAUCACAAUCACAAACCGGUGUUUUCGAACUGCUCGAAUUACGCGCCGAUAGUGAAAGAGGAGGAGCCAGUGGGUACAGUGGUGAUUAAAGUGCAUGCCGAGGACAGGGACCAUCCUGACGAUGGAGGCACGAUCACGUACAGUUUCGUCACAGCCCCCGGCGAGAAACUAAAAUUCGAGAUCAACAACAGGACCGGGCUGAUCAGGACGACGCAGGUGUUGGACAGGGAUGAGCCAGCUCGUGAGAAAGAGGCCUACCUGACCGUGUUGGCGACCGACAACGGGAGGCCGCAGCUCGACGACGUGUGCACGUUCAAAGUCACCAUCGAAGACGUGAACGACAAUGCACCGGUUUUCGACAAAGUGGCGUACACCGAGUCGGUGCCGCAAGAUUUGCCCCUGGGACGGGAGGUGAUGAGAGUGUCGGCCACGGACAUCGACGACGGCAACAACUCCGUCGUCUACUACAGCCUGUCGCCGAGGAGGCCCGAAGAUGGAGUGUACUUUCGAAUAGAUCGCAACACCGGCGUGAUAUUCCUCAACAAAACCAUCGACAGAAAUCCAGACUACAAGUUCAGCAUGACAGCGACUGCGGAGGAUCAGGGCGAGAUUCCAAAAUCGAACGUGAUCGAUCUUGAUAUUCGAGUGGUGGAGUCUCACAAGAAGGCGCCAGCUUUCCUACCGAGACCCGCCGAGCCGAUCCGAUUGCAGGAAAACUUCAGCGACUUUGACGCGAGUAUCGUUCGACUGAGGGCCGUCUCGAACAGCGGAGACAACACUGGUCUCCUGUUCGAGCUGGUUCCUGGUAGAACAGAGCAGACCAACAAGGGAAACACAUUUAGAUUGGAAUCGAACAAGGAUGUUGCCGACAUCAAGCUCUCCCAGCAUCUUGACUACGAGAGCAACACCAUCUACACAUUGAUCGUGCGCGUGCAGAACAAGUAUCAGCUGGCUGCCGAGACUGUGAUCGACAUCGAGGUGUUGGACGUCAACGACAACAUCCCAGUUUUUCGCGAGAUGAAGAAGGGAAGCGUGCUCGAGAACGAGCCGCCGGGAGUUCCGGUAAUGCAAGUGCGUGCGAUCGACGCUGAUGGGACUUCCGCUCACAAUCAGGUCACGUACGAAUUGGACAACUUCCGCGAUCUUUUCGCCAUUGAUAAGUACACCGGCAACAUCACAACACUGACCACGUUCGACAGAGAGGUGGAAGACACGUACAACGUGAAGGUGAUCGCCGUCGACAAUUCCCCGAGCGCGUUGUUCAAAACGGGCGAGCACAACAAGGGGCAGCAGGUGUUCCGCAUCGAAAUCGCGGAUAAAAACGACAAUGCCCCCCAUUUCACGCAGGCCGUCUACACGGCGAACUCGAUCCUCGAGAACGCCAAUAUCAACGCGCCGGUCACCGAAGUGAAGGCCCUCGACUCCGACACUGCCAGCCCGGUUACGUACAGCAUCAUAUUCGGCAACACCGACGACAGCUUCUAUAUCGAGGACACCACCGGCAAGAUCCGCGUGAAGAAGCCUCUGGAUUACGAGAAGAUCACCGAGUACAAUCUGACAGUAAGAGCAUUCGACGGUGUGUACAAUGACACCGCUCAGGUGAAGAUUUUUAUUGAGAACGUGAACGACAAUCCGCCGGUAUUCGAGGACUUUAAUAAGAAUCCUACCAUUGAGGAGGAGAAGCUGGUGGAAGGUUGCAUCACCACCGUUGUCGCCUACGACCCCGACAUCAAAGACAGGAGCGCAGAUCAGCAUAUCGCCUACUUUAUCGUAAAGGAGGACCAACAACCUCUGAUCGGUAUCGACAAAUCCGGUUGCAUGACCUUGAAGAAACCUCUCGACCGCGACGGUCCCUUAGGAUACUCCAUGUGGACGGUGAUCGUGAUGGCGCGAGACGAGGACGGAUCGCCGACCGCGUUACGGGAGCUGGUGAUGGUGAAUAUCACGCUGAUCGAUAUAAACGACAACGCGCCGUUCUUGGACAUGCCGUACCCGGUGGUGUGGGGUGAGAACCAGUCGCCCGGUAAGAUCACAGAGCUGAAAGCACGCGACUGGGACUCGGAGGAGAACGGGCCGCCCUUCCAAUUCGAGAUAGACGAGAACACCGCGGACGACGAGAUCCUGGCGAAAUUCGCGAUACGCGACGCCGAUCUGUUCGCCCGUGUGGAAUUCAAUCGCGAGGAGCGAAAGAGCUACGACAUACCGAUCGCUAUCACAGACAGCGGGAAACCGCCAAUGACGGGCACGUCGACGCUGACUGUGAUCAUCGGCGACGAGAACGAUAACCCUAUGUCAGAGGGCUCGAGUUCUAUAUUCGUCUACAAUUACAAAGGCGAGGCGCCGAAAACGGAUAUCGGCAGGGUGUACGUGAACGACGCCGACGAUUGGGACCUGCCAGACAAGCAUUUCGCCUGGGCGUCGACGCACGAGGGAUUCCUUUUGAAUCAGGAGACAGGCAUGAUCACGUUGCUCCCGGGGAUCUCCAACGACACAUUCGUCCUCAAGUUCAUAGUGACCGAGUACAGCGCUCAGAUACCGCGGCACCAGGUGAACGCGUACGUGAACGUGACGGUGAAGGAGCUGCCGGAGGAGGCGGUCGCCAGGUCCGGCUCCGUGCGUUUCUUCGGGAUGACAGCGACGGAAUUCGUCGCGCCCGACGAGACCACCGGCGUCUCGAAGAAGGAGAUAUUCCAAGAGCGAGUAGCGAAUAUGCUGAAUACCUCGGUGGAGAACGUGGACGUGUUCACGGUGCUUCAUUCGCCGCAUCACAACAACAACAGUCUGUUGGACGUGCGAUUCUCGGCGCACGGCAGCCCUUACUACGCCCCGGAGAAGCUGAACACGAUACUGGCCCAGCACACGAAGGAGAUCGAACGAGAGCUGAGAACCGACAUCCUGCUUGUGAACAUCGACGAGUGCCUCAUCGAGAAACAGCACUGCAACAAUACUUGUCGCAAUUAUUUGAACGCGAGCACGGUCCCCUAUCCCGUUUACACGAACACGAGCACGUUCGUCGGUGUGCGAGCCGUCGUGGAUCCGCAGUGCACUUGUCACGUUGCCGAACCGAUCGUUUGUCUGAACGGCGGCACACCGUUGGCCGAUCGUUGCGAGUGUCCUCCGGACCUCGAGGGACCGAGGUGCGAGCUUCUUGGAAUCGGUUUCCACGGCGAUGGCUGGGCUAUAAUGCCUCCGCCUGGCCAGGCAUGCGACGAUUCUCAUUUAGGUCUCGAGAUAACGCCUCACAUAGACAACGGACUGGUGUUUUACUUCGGCCCGAUGACUUACAGCUCGAAGAUCAAGAUCCAAGAUUUCAUGGCGCUGGAGCUUCAACAGGGAUAUGCCGUUCUUUACAUGGACUACGGGUCCGGUACUGUGAGGCUCGAUCAACCGCACAUUAAGCUCACUGAUGGAAAAAGUCACAGGAUAGACGUUUAUUUUACGAAGAACGCGAUCGAAAUGAAAGUGGACAAUUGCGGAAUCUCCGCGUGCAUGAGCCUAACCGCGCCCCAGGCACCAAAUGGAUUUUUAAACGUGAACAGCCCCAUGCAGAUUGGUGGAACUCUGACUAAUCUCGCGCAGCUAGCUUCGGAAUUAGGAUGGGAUUUUAUACCUACUGAGAGAGGAUUCGUCGGAUGCAUACGCAACAUGACCUUCAAUGGAAAUACGUACAAUUUAGGCAUGCCAUCGUUAUCCAGAAACGCGGAUCCCGGUUGCGAUCACGGAAUGGCGAAAGCCGUGUCUUUCGGAAUCGACACCAACUUCCUCGUCGCGAUCUUGGUCUGCAUCGCGAUUCUGUUGAUACUGUUGUUCGCGGUGGUGGUGCACAGAAGAAAGACCGACGACCUCUUCAAGGAUAUGGACGACAUAAGAGAGAACAUUAUUAACUACGAGGACGAGGGUGGCGGCGAGGUCGACACGGGCUUUGACUUGAACGUUCUUCGAACGAUUUACGAUGCACCGCCCAUCGAUUCGAAAAUAGCGCCAGUUGGCUUGCAAACCAGAGGCCCUGACGAAGUGCCGGACAUUUGCGGCUUCCUGGACGGCAAGAAGGAGAGCUGCGACAAGGAUCCCGACACAAACCCAUUCGACGAUGUCAGGCACUACGCGUACGAAGGAGAAGGCAAUUCCGAAGGUUCUUUAUCGUCGUUGGCUUCAUGUACCGACGACGGAGACCUGAAGUUCAAUUACUUGUCGAACUUCGGCCCGAGGUUCCGAAAAUUGGCGGACAUGUACGGGGAGGAGCCGAGCGACGAGGAGAGCGACGGCGUUGGAGAGCGGGAAAGCGAGAGCUGGUGUUGAGCCACGCGCGGCUUUUCGAAUGCGGACAGCUCGCGACGAUCAACUACGGCUGAUUCCCGAUAUUUUUCUCGACGAAGCGACAAAUACCCGCGUAGCUUCGUCACCCCGUGUACUUAACUCGGACUCGGGAAUACCUCGUUCGAAGUUGUGUUCUCGUGUUCCGAGGACACGCAGCGCCGAGACGCGGCAUCGGUAGCGUACAAAACAUAUCCUUUCGACGAAAAAAACAAAAGAAAAAAAAGAAAAAAAAGAAAAAAAAAAUGACACGCAAUCGAAGCGCGGCAACUUUCUUCUUUCCCUCCUUCUUCCUCUUCUUCUUUUAUUUGUAUUUUAUCCGUUUGUUUUUCCAUGCCUUUCCUCUUACUCGCAGCCCAGCUUUCGAGCGGAACGAUCGACUGCCCGCGAACGAUGUAAUACGCGAUCUUUACGAAUGGACGACAACAGCGACGAAAAUCAAAGUACGAGUAGUACUCUUUCCUACUGACGCGAGCGUACGAAAACAGAGGAAAGACGCGACAAAUCGACGCAUCGGCUGAGGACGACAAAGGGUACUCGGCUGUACUAGUAUCGCGAAAAUGGACACGCGCUGCUCGUUCAUCGCGAGAACGAUUUAAUUCCGUGCGUGGAUUCCACUGGUAACCCGAAGAGAAUGAUUUGCAGCGCGAAGAGACCGCGAGGAAGAGAUCGACCUCUUCGAACGAGGACGCAGAUGGAAUCGUUGGUGAAUUCUUUUUUGGCAAUCAUUCGAGUUACAAGGACUGGACUUAUUUUUUUAUACGUAUAUUAUAUAGAGACGAAUAUAAAUGUAUAUGUGUGUAUGUAUCUAUAUGCCUACGUUCGCGAGAAUGUCGUGGGUAUGGAGAUAUGUAGAAUGUAGAGAGAAUGUGUGUGUGAAAGAGAGAGAGAGAGAGAAUGAAACUGCGAAGGUGUAGCGAUAGAAGAAAAUAAAAGAGAGAAAAAAAAAAAAAGAAAAAAAGAAGAAAUGAUGGAACAAAGGCAGCGUCGGAGCGUCGCAACGCUCCUUUACAUUCAACUCCUUACCAGUCCCGCAAAUUUGUCGAAAUCGGUCCAAAAAAAUGACUACCUGUUUUUUUUUUUUUUUUUCAUAAAUUGGUUAUUUAUGUUAUUCUAAUGUAAAAAAAAGGGGGGGGGGAUUCAACUGGUAAAUGAGUCUUUCUUACUUGUAAAAAAUGAAAAAUAAAUGUUUCUUCCACGUUUUAUUAUUUCAUAAUUUUUCAAAAAUUGAUCUGCCUUGUCUACGCCUCCCACGGUGUUAUGAUAAUCAAAUUACAGCCUUUGGAUUUAUUUCAAAGCCUUUAUCAAAUGCUUGUACAAUAUUUUCUUCUCUUUCACGCUCGAGCUCAGAUAUAAACACUACAUCGACGGGGUUUAUGUUAUGUUGAGCGAGAAUUCAGCCGGACCGACUUGGCUUUUAUAAUAUUCUUUCUCACAAGACUACAUGAACGAGACUCGUACAAAUGCAGCUCUUGCAUACUACGAAAUAAUCAUGGCAAAAGCUGCGUAAGCCCGUGACUGGCAAGGGGUUUUAACUUAUAGACUAUUUUGUUAAUCGGUUAUGUGCGCGAGUGCGAUUAGAAGCCGUGUAAAGGGUGUGCGAAACUUUGCAUACACGCGAGUACACGUGUAGAUAUAAACCUGAAUAUCGAAUCUGUACUGUACACAGGCGUAUGUGUGAGCGCUGCACGUAGUAUAGUCUAGAACAUUGGAAAACAACAAUACGCGUGUAGGUGUGCGCUUGAAUCGGCGAAAAGAGAUCCGAGUGCCAUAUCGUGCGCCCGAAAUCUAAACCUGAAAUCAAUUCACCGAACAAUUGUACAUGAAUACACGAAUACACGUGAAUGUGUGAGAUUACCGGCGUCAGACAGUUCCAUCGCGAUUGUUUGACAUUUUUUUCCCCCGCUGAUCGAUAAUAAUCGCGUACCCACGGUAUUCAGUUUGUUCCAUUUGCGAAGGCGCAUUCUACGCGCGGAUAUUUCUAAGUAUAUGUAUAUAGAUAUAUAUGUAUGUAUAUUCGUGUACCUGUGUAGGCGUUCGCGCACGUACGUACACGUAUAUAUGUGAUAAUAAUUUGUAAGCUUUUUGUACGAUACAUCAAUGCGACAUGCAUAUGUAUAAUAAUAAUGGUAAUCGUAACACAACAAGAAACGGAGCGACAACAGUAACAAAAAUACGCAAGUGUAUAUUGAUGGUGACUCAGGUGGACUCUUAAUCUUUUGCGGUUUAGAUACAAGUCGGGGUUGAUCUUCGUUGAGCGCCAAUGAAUAAUGAAAUUGCGGGUUUUUAUACAUUUCUGAAAAGUUUAAAGUUAUUAAUAGAAAAGUAUAUAAGGUAGCGUACACUUGUUACAACGUUUAGCAAUACGAAUCUUCUACUACUGUCUUAACUGUGUUCAUGAAAGUACGAAUUUUGUAUAAAUAUCCGCAAUCACGACUAACUGCCUAUCUGCCAUUUUAAAACACAUUCCUUAGCAAAUAUUUUUUAGAAACGGAAAUGUCCAACCGCGCUAAAGUCUCGGUAACUUAUUAAGGACCAAACUUAUUGAGUUUUCACUGGUGCAACGCUCGUCUUUUCAUUUCAGACACAGAUUUCGUGUUGCAGUUAUGAAAAAUGGAUUUCAAGGGGAAAAAAAGAGCUCAACGUCGUUUACAAGUUUUUGAAAUGAAAUUCGAAGAAACUCGGACUAUUUUCUGUCACUGUGUUGAUCCCAAUCGUAGAAUUCUUUUUGGAAACCUUGGAACAAUCUUAUAACGCGUCAUACAUUUUUUUUUUUUCUUUCUUCAGUCUGACAAAAUAACUAUUUACGUUAUUUAGAUUUUACAACGAUGUCGCGUUCACGGUUGUUUUACCCGGUUGGUCCUUAACGAGUUAAAAAUCCUGAAAGCAUUGAAACUGAAAGUAAAGGAUAUUCCAAUGGCCGAGAGCAGACGUACGACCGCAAAGGAUUAACAAACUUACCACCCCCCCUGAAUCAGCUUCGAAACGUCCUCGAAAGAGUGAACGUGUAAUUUAUACGAUAAGAAAAAAAGAAAAAAAAAGUGCAGCUUAGGCGAAAGCGUGUGAUCUCAGAGGAUGCGAUUCGCGCGCAUCGAUAUCCAGGAAACAAAUAAUUUCCUUUCAGACAUUUGUCGUCGAACGAUUGCACGGGCACACGAGCAACAUCGAGACACAUUGUUGGAAUAGUAAUGAAGAAUAUGUGGUGACGAACGAUCCCCGUCUGUCCUAUGAAACAGAUGGCCGUCUUUUUAACGAUACACUCCGUCGCAGUACAAAGAACUUCUCCGUCGGCGAAAUUCGGCUCGAUUUCGGCGCGUGUGUGACACUCCUUCAUCGCGGCGAAUCGACUACAUCACAGGCGAACUUGUUUCGCGAUACGCUACUUAUGCUAUGUACUCGAACACUGCCCUUAUGUACAAUUAAAGAAAAGAGACACGUGAAAGAAAGAAAGAAAAAAAAAAAAAGAAAGAGAAACGACGACUUGUGUAUCCGCGACCAAGUUCUGAGAGUGACGAGACGUGCUUGAAGCUUCGUCCACGUUUAAAUUCGAGUAUUUGAGUUCAAGUGACUCGACUUGGCGAAAGAUAAGAUGAAAAUAGGUAGUUAGCAACUGAAAAGACUCGAAAGAUGCUUUCCAAUGGAGUCCUCUCAGAGGAGAGACAAUAGAUGUUCUAAAGAAAACCAUAAUUGUAAAUAACAUUGACUGAUUGACGUUAUUGUCGAUCGAUCGUGUUAUUCAAAAUCAAGCGAAAAUGAGCGAAGUUAUAGAAACUUAAGAUGAUAUCUCAAAGGUUUCAAGUCGAGAAUUCAUUGUCGCUUGAAUUCAAGUAACUUGUCCAACUGAAACGAAACUUUAUUGCGUUCACUCCGUCGAACGACGUCGUUAAAAGAUAAAAGUCGCGGAUAACACGGUUUAGCCAGAAGUAUACGCAUAGACCAGGCUUCUUGUAAAUUAUAUUCAGGACACGCGCGACCAAAUAUGAUUGAUCCGCGUGACCCACUCGACAUGUGAUAGCUGAUCGCAGGCACACCUUCCAUCUCUACUCGCGAGAUCCAUCUACCGUUGUCGGAAAUGCGUGUAACUUCGUGUUCUUUUUUUUGUAGCAAUAAUAAAAGACGAUGACAUUGGA